UUCACCAUGCCCUACAGCCCGACCAGAGCUUUUCCGCACCCGCUCGCGAAUAUUCAGCGAUCCAACCUGAGCCCCUCCACUACAAACUAUUUGUCUUACGGCAUGGUUGAACUUCUGACCUGGCAAGGUCUCGGGGAUAUCAUCAACGAUUGGAGGAGGAAGACAUUGAACUUGGAACCUCUUACGGCUAUAGUUGCCACGAGCGUCUUGGAAAGCCAGAAAGUCCCUUACACGUACUGUUGGUCGCCAGCCCUGGUAGCGAAACCAGCAGACUGGCCAAGUCAUAUUGAUGUCUGUGGAUUCUUCUUUCGUGAGGAGCCUCGGUAUACACCUCCCCGUGACAUUGCCGAGUUUCUUCAGGGAGGGCCUUCACCCAUUUACAUCGGCUUUGGCAGCAUCGUAAUGGAGAAUGCCGAGGCGAUGACUGACAUCAUUCUAUCGUCGAUACGUAAAUGCGGUGUACGAGCCAUCAUCUCCAAGGGAUGGAGUAAUCUCGGGGAGGGCAAACAAGACGAGAAUGCCAUUUUCAUUGGCGAUUGUCCCCACGAAUGGCUCUUCAAGCAUGUUGCUGGUGUCAUACAUCAUGGAGGUGCUGGAACGACCGCAUGCGGACUUCUGAAUGGGUGUCCUACGUUCAUUGUACCAUUCUUUGGCGAUCAACCAUUUUGGGGUGAAAUGGUAGCGGCAGCUGGUGCUGGUCCCCGACCAGUUGGUCGAAAAGAGCUGGUUGAGGCUACACUGGUAGCAGGCAUUCAAACUCUACUAUCACCCGAUACGAAGAGGGCCUCCCAGAAGAUUUCAGAAAUGAUGAAGAAGGAGAGCGGCGUCAAGCGCGCUGUGCAGUCGUUCCAUCGAAAUCUCCCCUUCGAUACAAUGACUUGCGACCUUUUGCCUGAAGAGUACGCCGUUUGGACUUAUAGGUCAAAGCUUUUGCAGAAGAAGCAAAGGAAAAAGUAUACCAACGGACUGAAGAUCUCUCCGAGGGCCGUCCGAAUUCUGAACAACAACAACAACAACAAUAACAGCCUCGAUUUGACAAAGCUGGAACUGAAUCAACCGAAGCCAGUAGAAAUAGAAAACAAGCGAUGGGAUCCAUUGACUGCCACAUCCUCUGCGCUAGUCGGAUCUUUGGUUGACUUCUCUACGGGUAUGGGCGACCUCGUGUCGGCGCCUAUGAAGAAGAUUAGACACGGAACAGGUAAACACGGAACAGGUAACAAGGUUGGAGGAGGUGAUGCAGCCUCAAGCGGAACAGACGCGACAAGUUCGACAUCAGCUGAUGAUGAUUUGCGGUCGAAGCAUUCGGGAGCCGGGAAGUCGGCAAAAAAGGGUUCAUCCAAGGUGGCCAUGAGUCUUAUCAAGGGCACCUUCGUUGACGUUCCCUGUGCUCUCACUGAGGGACUGCACAACAUCCCUGAACUAUACGGAGAAAAGGUUCGAAAGCACGACAAGAUUACUGACUGGAAGAGCGGCGCUUCCGAAGCUGGCAAGAAUUUUGCUUAUGGCUUCUUUGAUGCCUCUUGGGGUCUUUUCAAGCAACCUAUUGAGGGUGCCAUGAAAAGAGGCCCGCUAGGAUUAGUCACUGGUCUAGGAAAGGCGGGAAUGGGGUUGGUAGCUAAGCCUGGUAGUGCCAUGUUUGGUCUCUUGGCGUAUCCUGCCUUGGGGAUAUAUAAGAGUCUUGUUGGUUCACUCUCCAAGACGGAAAAGCAGAUUAUGGAGGCUAGACUAGCGCAUGACGCGUAUUUCGCCAACUUGGAACCCAUCACAGAUCAAGAGAUGAAUUCGGUUCUUGGCCAGUGGAGGUCAGAAUGA